AUGCAACCCUCGACGGCGCCGGCCUCUAGCUCUUCGUCGAGGCCUCAUGCUCCUGAACCCGCCGUCCGAAACCGCUCCUCCGAACCUGCCGGAGUGUUGUCCGCUUCACUAAACAAUGACUCGGGUUCAUCUGUCUCUUCUCAAGCGAUAUCCACGCCGCCCACCUCACCAUUACACCCAGAAAAUGGUUCUUCCAUUCAGCAGUUAUCUUCACGAGUCACACACCGCUCGGAUGCGUCUUCCAAGAAACCUGGGAAAAAGCGAGGUACAUCUUUCUUCAGCUUUUUCACGUUAAAAGAGCCAUCGACAGAGGCAUUUGCAAAUUUCCAGACAGACGUUAGACGGCAAGUUGCUUCUCACAAUGGUCGGCCAAUGGCAGUCGGUUUACCGGGCGUGUCAUCUGCAAAGCUGCCAGAAUCUGUACCCAAAGUCAAUUCAAAGUGGGAUGGACUUCCACAGGCUGUUCGGGAUCGGGAACGUCAGCAGCGGGAGCAAAGGCGAAGUGCUCGUCUUUCGGGUAUCUCAAGCGGAACAGGCAUGUCAAGUAUACUCGGUCGAACAUCCAGUCGGUCUUCGUCCUCGGCCGUGUCUUCAGACAGUACUCGUGGGCGGCACGGCACCCGCGUUUCCGGUUUUAGUGACAGGAGCGAUGAUUUGGAAGCGCUCUUUUCUGAUAGAAGUGCGAAUGCAAGGCCUCCUAGUUUGUCAAGCAGUUCCGACACGAAGAGUGGUCGGCAUAGCCCCAAGUCGCUGUCGCCGGCCAGAGCAGCACCAGCCAGUAUAUCAGGCACAGGCCUUCCAGUUCUCGAAGAACCUGAGGAAGAUUUCGAGCAUGAUGUUGUGCAGGCUAUGUCAAUCUUCACGGAUGGAUCACCAGAGUCUUUGGAGUCCACAAAGGACCCGGUAUCCCAGCCGCCAAUCACGAAUGCACAAGCCAAGAACUUAUCUCCCACAGAUGCAAUCGACAAACGUGCACCUGGUGUGAGUUAUACUUCUACUGGAAAACGAUACAUCAACUUUUCCAAGCCGCAUCCGCGCGGCUCUAUUGCCAGGCCAUCUCUGCCUACUGUACCGGAACCACCACCAAAGUCGGCCAGAAGAAAGGCGAAACCUUUACCAUUUCCUGCUGGGGAAGCGCAGCCUCUGGAAUUGCCAGACUAA